AUGAAGUUACUUGCCUUUUGUAGUCGUAAAUACGCCUCUGUAUCGACCAACAGACAGGCAGCAAGUCUUUUUUUAUUUAAUGAAGUUAUUUCUAUUUUUGGUAUGUUCUGUAAAUUUUACCAUUUUUGACAGUGAUAAAGCGCUUUAAGCUAAUGCGACAUGACUUGAGCUCUAUAUAAUUUGGUAUUAUUACUAUUAUUGUCUCAGAAUUUUAAAAAAAUCAUAACUAUAACAAAAUUCUCUAAUCUGAUUGGCUGUUGGUAGCCCCGCAUGAUUUCAGUGGUAGUAAGACAGCGUGAUGUAUAGAACAGUUAGCGACAUGGAGUUAUUUGACAGUACGCGCCAUCGCACGCCCACUUGAACGUUGUUUGUUUUUGUCACUUCUAUCAAACAACUCUUGUAAGGCCACGUGAUUUAAUUUAAAAGACAAUCUAAAAUUAUUACAAAUUUUGUUGUGGAUAUGAUUGAUUGGUAACAUCAUUUCGUGUCGUCUAUUUCGAUCUUUAACCCUACUCGUGAUAAAACAAAUCGGACUCCCGCAACCUGGUCGUCCGAUUUUGUUAAUCACUCUUAUGACUUUAGACCGAAUUAGACUCCACUCGGUCUUAUAAGUCUCCUCGUAAUAAAACAAAGUACGCAUGGCUACAGCAUACAGGCCGUUAUGAGCUAUCGUGGUAUAACCGGCGCUCAGUGUGAGUCACAGGCAAAUUGAGUGUGCCAGUCUAACGUGAUCUGACUGUAACUAACAGAUAUUUAUCGAACAAAGAAUCGAGUAGAAAGGAUUAACUAUCUCCAAGAUAUUUUUUGAAAGAACAACUUUGUGCAAAAUUUGGUCAAGGUUCACAGGCUGUUCACAGGCUGUUCACAGUCCCCUAGUUUUUCGUAAGAGCGUCAGGAUCUGUUUUUCUUAUGCACCAAAAGGGUGGUCGUCCAGGUUUGGGCAAAGCGCUCGAUCUCGACGAUGUUACGGAAAAAUAGGGGAAUGUAAACGGCAGUCUAAGUGCGAGUCAUGGGAAAUUCUCAUCUGGUGUUCGCACAUCGAGUGAAGGACUGAGUCAUAAGUUGAAAGUUAACCGCGUACAAGGUAUCUGGAAAUCAGGUAAAACAUCCAUUCUCGUGUUUGAUAUACCGGCUUCGCGAUCGAAUCAUUUGAUCGGCAAUUUUAGAAGUUCAAAGUUAAAAGUUGGUGGAAAAUUUAUUACUCAUGUCAUUCUUUCUGUUCAUUAUUAUUCUUUAUUCUGUGGUCCCUUUCAGAAUUUCAGCAAAAUAUAGAAUCGCCUAAUUAAUGAUCUCACAGGAAGUCUAAGAGGCGUUGAUCCUAGAAAUAUUGUUUUCACCAGACAUGAGCCUUCGUUAUUUACCUCGGCCCAAUCGCGACUAAACUCAGUAUGAAGUGUACUUGCCUUUUGUAGUCGUAAAUACGCCUCUGUAUCGACCAACCGGACAGGCAGCAAGUCUUUUUUUAUUUAAUGAAGUUAUUUCUAUUUUUGGUAUGUUUUGUAAAUUUUACCAUUUUUGAGAGUGAUAAAGCGCUUUAAGCUAAUGCGACAUGACUUGAGCUCUAUAUAAUUUGGUGUUAUUACUAUUAUUGUCUCAGAAUUUUAAAAAAAAUCAUAACUAUAACAAAAUUCUCUAAUCUGAUUGGCUGUUAGUAGCCCCGCAUGAUUUCAGUGGUAUUAAGACAGCGUGAUGUAUAGAACAGUUAGCGACAUGGAGUUAUUUGACAGUGCGCGCCAUCGCACGCCCACUUGAACGUUGUUUGUUUUUGUCACUUCUAGCAAACAACUCUUGUAAGACCACGUGAUUUAAUUUAAAAGACAAUCUAAACUUAUUACAAAUUUUGUUGUGGAUAUGAUUGAUUGGUUAACAUCAUUUCGUAUCGUCUGUUUCGAUCUUUAACCCUACUCGUGAUAAAACAAAUCGGACUCCCGCAACCUGGUCGUCCGAUUUUGUUAGUCACUCUUAUGACUACAGACCGAAUUAGACUCCAAUCGGUCUUAUAAGUCUCCUCGUAAUAAAACAGAGUAAGCAUGGCUACAGCAUACAGGCCGUUAUGAGCUAUCGUGGUAUAACCGGCGCUCAGUGUGAGUCACAGGUAAAUUGAGUGUGCCAGUCUAACGUGAUCUGACUGUAACUAACAGAUAUUUAUCGAACAAGGAAUCGAGUAGAAAGGAUUAACCAUCUCCAAGAUAUUUUUUGAAAGAACAACUUUGUGCAAAAUUUGGUCAAGGUUCAAAGUGCGUGCUAGGCUGUUCACAGUCCCCUAUUUUUUCGUAAGAGCGUCAGGAUCUGUUUUUCUUAUGCACCAAAAGGGUGGUCGUCGAGGUUUGGGCAAAGCGCUCGAUCUCGACGAUGUUACGGAAAAAUAGGGGAAUGUGAACCGCAGUCUAAGUGCGAGUCAUGGGAAAUUCUCAUCUGGUGUUCGCGCAUCGAGUGAAGGACUGAGUCAUAAGUUGAAAGUUAACCGCGUACAAGGUAUCUGGAAAUCAGGUAAAACAUCCAUUCUAGUGUUUGACAUACCGGCUUCGCGAUCGAAUCAUAUGAUCGGCAAUUUUAGAAGUUCAAAGUUAAAAGUUGGUGGAAAAUUUAUUACUCAUGUCAUUCUUUCUGUUCAUUAUUAUUCUUUAUUCUGUGGUCCCUUUCAGAAUUUCAGCAUAGUAUAAGUUACGCUUGAAAGUUUCACGAAUGGCAUUAGUCACAGCCUUGAUCGCCAUGAAAGAUGUCAUCCAGUAUUAAAACUGUUUCCUAUAUCCUUUUAUUUCAAAUUGAAAUGUACACUGGCAAAGCAUUGAAUUUCCAAACAGUCUAUGGGAUCAGACGAUUAAGCAAACAAAAUCAGGCCGCAAUUAAAAACAAAGAGGACUGAAGUUUCCUUUUUUAAAGAAGACAUCUUUUAACAGAGAGGAUUCAAAAUAACUGCAAUUUCAGACGGCUUAACAUAAAUCACAACGUAACAUUUUUUUACUUUGAUACUAAAGAUUUUAAGGUUAGAUUUUCAAUUUUUUAAGGCUUAGAUUAUCAAUUUAGUAAACAAUUUAUCGACUUUCAGACUCCAAAACAGAAAGGGCAGGAAAAACCCAGCGGAGGCUAUCAACAGAGAAUUGUAAUUAAGAAGGAUGAUAAAAUUGGAAAUCGAGAAUCAAGAUGAAAUUUGUUUCCAGGAUGCACAAAUAAUGGAUCUUUGCCCCGGAGUUAAUAUGUACUGUUUAAAAAACGAGCCGAAAACUCGAGGCGAAGUCGGAGUUUUUAAACCCGAUAAUACAAGACUACGAGUUUUUUGAACGGCUUCAGAAUCUCUGUUAUCUUGCACUAAUAUUAAGAUUUUGGGUUAUUUUGGUCCAAAGAAUUGGACGUAAAGUUUAACCAUGUCUUUAUCAGAUAUAAAGACACUCAAUAAACUUAAAUUUUUUUGUUUUGCUUUAUGAAUUAUUAAUGAGUUUUUGAACGUUAUUAAGUAAACACACACACGGCGCAGCGUUUGAUGUCCUUAAAAUAGAUCAAAGUUCUUUAGGAGAGAGAAAAAUAGUAUGCUAACCAAGAGACCUUUCUGCAAACUUCGAUAGGUGUUAGUAAAUACGACAUUUAGUAAGAUGAUAUCUACACAUGCUGAAAACUAAGGAACCGAUUUUUGUCCUUCCUUAGCUAAAGGAUUCCUUAUUUUGUCUAGCUUACUUCCCUUUCAUUAACCCUGAUCAUCUCGGGUCAUUAUAUGUUUCUGGGAACCUGCCCACCUAACCCUCUCCUAAGCCAACAUUUUGCCCUAAGUGAGAAGUAAGUGCUAAUGUAGACGGCAGUCAGUAUUUUUGCGUAUUCAAGUACGCGCGAGCAGUCAAACAAAAGGUCUGGAACGAGGCAGAAAACAAAGAGCGAGACCGGGAAGAGACGGUAAAAAUAUUUUUUUUCUCUCACGGGCGCGUGAGGCUCGCGCGUUUCGCGCGCGUAAGACUCUUACGCCGCGCUUUUCCGAUUUCGUUACUGAUUUUGAAAAAAAAAAACUGUUUUGCAGUCUAGUGCUAAUGUUGGGUGUUAGAUGGGCAGAUUCCCAUGAUCUCCAUGCCUACCAUUACAACAUUAGCUGAGAGAACUGUUCUCUUUAGUGAUCAUUUUAUUAAUUCUUAAACCUUUUAACAUUAUAAUGUACUGAUGUUGUUAGGAGAAAAUCUAUGUUGGCACCUCCUGGGAUUUGAAAGGUUAAUAGCGAUUUUACCAUUGUUUUAACAGUCAUACGGGCCAAAGUUCUGUCUAAGUCAACUGAGGAGCCAUUACUCACAGAGUCACCAGAGACAGCCGUCUUAGAAAAAAUCCCAGCUGAGUUUAUUCAAGAACAAGUAUACACAUUAAGAAUACUCAAAAUUUACAAAGGAGCCAUGGACGUCAAAGAGACGAACGGUGCUCAAGUUUACGGAUCAAGAAGACGGACGUGGCUUGCUAAGCUCUACACCACGCCAAACGCUUCUUCAUGCAACGUUCCCCUGCGUAACAACACCGUGUACCUUCUGACGGGUCAAAUACUCAACAAAAAGCUGAGGACUGGCAGUUGUAAUUGGCGGACAGAAUGGUCAGAAAUCACACGCAAGCAACGUGCGGGAAUCCGACGUUUUUACGGUGAAAACUGCAUGUGCCAGGUCGGUUUGUGUUUUGGUAGUAACUGUAGCCAAAUGCUACAGGGCUGUCACAAGGUGGAUUGGGGCGCGCCCAUGAAGGAAACUUGUAAGAGCAAGAACUCCUACUGCGUUAGGGACUGGCGAGGAAACUCAUGCGCUUGGCGGAUAACCAGCGAGUACAAGAAGUGUUUGAAAAGAAUCCCGUGAGCUACUGAGAUUGUAUUGAUUUUUUAACUUGCAUUAACACUGCGUUUUUUCACUGUACAAAACACGCAGUAGGACAUGCUUUUUCACAUAAUAUUCUUGCGAAAAGGUUUUAAAUCCACUUGUAAUAAACAAAGAUGUUUUCGAGACAAAAAGCUAGCUACAGUAGUACGCUUGGUAAUUGUAAGUGAUGAGAGUAAUUCAACAGUAUAGGUUAAAGAACUCUACCGCGAAAUCGAAUGUCUAAAUCUCAUGAAAGCAAUAGUAAAAGCACACAUGAAAGGACUUCUAAGGGUCACCUUAUUGCUGGUAUCCAGGAGCCAACAACCCGGAGCGAACAACUCCCAUACUAGGCCUAUGUCACGGCGUUUUUACAGACCAGUUUAUUUUUAAUCGCAUUUUAGGGCACUUUUUCCCGGAAAAAUAGAAUCUCCACCAUGUCUAUUAGCGUAUUCAAAGUAUUAGAUAUCAAAAGGGAAACCUAAACGUUAUUAAAAGGCAAAAAAUAUCAUUUUUAGGUCUGUAGAAUUUGCUGACUGGUUUGUGGAGUUUAGAAGAUAUUCAAAAUUCGCGCCCAAACCGUUCUAAAAAUAAACUGGUCCGUACAAACGCCCUGACACAAGCGCAUGGAAGUUGCUCGCUGCUACUUAUGGACUCCUGUGGUAUCUCAAUAACAACCCGUCUAGCUAAAAUUUGCAAGCUUGAGGGGGCGCUUAGAUAUUUUUGAUCGAAAAAAAAACUUUGUUUAUUGUCAUGUGACCUCGAAAAAGCCAAUUAGAGCGCGCGCUUUCAGAAAAAAGCUGUAUACAUAGUAACCAGAUGACAGUAAGAGUAACAUUUGCUGGACGAGUAGGUUAUAAUACGCGUAUCAAACAAUCUUAACCUCAAGCGUGACAUCAUUGCCCGAUAAGUGGCGUGAGAAGUCAGGAUGCUUUUUAACGUUUAUGUGUCCCUACAUCUUUUUAAGUCCUUACAUUGAAAAAUAUAUUCUCGAUUGAUGUCCAAAUAAACUGCUUCUUGCAAUAAACGCCGAGUCCACCAAACCAAGAUCGAGAAUGAGGUGUUUAAGUAAAAAUAGUUAUGGUAUGUGCUUUAAACAACAUGUUAUACAUAGUUGAGACUAU